UGUGCAGAGGGUCUUGAUCACAGCAGUGUGGUACGUAGCUCUUCUUUGGUUCCUUUGGCGAAUGCACCUGUUUUGAGCAUUGGACCACCAUAUGCAUGUCAGACAGUUGAUCCUUUGCAAGCGAAAUCCUUGGCAGGUUGGCACUCUGGCCCUGAAAGUCAGCGAGCAGUGACACAGGUUUUUCGCGCUGUUUUUGCAGCUUUAAAAGGCUCCCUUGUUCGCUAUUUUGUGUAUGACGGCUGCCCCGUUGGUGGAUGACUGCCAUGCAGGAACAUUCCAAGAUGGGCAUGCUUGGCUUUUGGUUUGUCCUUGCUUCGGCCUGGUUGCUCUUUGUCCUUCUAGCCAGGACAGUUUUCGGGUGAUCAGUGAUAAAUGCAAAAUUUGGACAUUGAACCAUUGGCCAGUUAGUUUUGCUUCUGUGAGGUCCAGCAACGUGAGGUUUCUUGUACAGGUUGCAAGUCGUGCGAUUGAGUUAAUGUGGCUUUACUUUCCUUUGAUUCCACUGCUCCUAUUUGCAGAAGUUGCAGAUUCUUUGGGGCUGUCAACCCGCUUGGGCGUUCACAAAGGAGACACUUCGAGGCAUCAAGCAGAGAUCCGCACUUGGGUUGAUGUAUGGUGGGAACUUGCAUUGAGAAAAGUUCAACGAAGUGGGCCAGUUUUUGUGAAGCUUGGGCAAUGGGCUGCCACAAGACCAGAUCUCAUUCCGGAGGACAUUUGCUCUCGCCUCGGUCGGCUUCAUGAUAGUACCGAGCCGCAUCCUUUGCAGCAUACUCACAAGGUGCUCCAGGAAGCUUUUGAUGAACCGUGGUUCAGAAGCUUUUUGAUCGAGCCAGAACCUGUAGGAUCUGGGUGCAUUGCGCAGGUGUACCGUGGCCAGAUGGUGAGGUCAUCUUCAAAGCCAAAGGCCGGAGCACGCUUUGUGAAGCUCGGUGGUCAACUUCAACGGCUUUGUGAAGGUAUUUGCUCAACUGCACCAACUCAACCUGUGCAGGUUGCCGUGAAGGUUGUGCACCCUCAGGUGCGGCGCGCUGUUCAGGUGGACUUGAAGGUGCUGGACCACUUGGCUGGCUUCUCUUCUUACAUUGGUAUGGACAGGUUGGGUCUGCCUCUCAUGCUCCAUCAGUUUUCUGCUUUCCUCAAGGCCCAAACGGACCUGCGGACUGAAGCGCAGAACCUACGAAGGCUGAAGCAGCAGAUGGCUGGCGAUAGAAGUGUGGUGAUUCCGGAGGUCUUUGACAAGUGGGUUUCCCGUGAUGUUCUGGUGAUGAGCUUUGAGGAAGGAGAGCCAUUGACUGGUUUAAUGGACGCACCUGGCAAGAGUGUGGAAGUGGAGAGGAUGGAUGCUUGGCGAAUACUGGUUGACAGCUUUUGGGCCAUGAUUUUCAAGCAUAAGUUUGUUCAUGGAGAUUUGCACCCAGGAAAUAUCCUUUGGCGAGAGUCUGAUGGUCCCCUCGGCGUCCAGCUGGUGCUGUUGGACUGUGGACUUGUCAUAGACUUAGAUGGUGAUGCAGGAGAUGAUUUGUCCAUGAUGGUGAAGGCUUUCUUGACCAAGUCGGAAGAGGAGGUCGCGAGUCUUUUGAUCAAGCUUAGCGAAAGAGUGGGUGGAAAAGCGGAGGAUGUCCUCGAUCCUGAAGGAUUUGUGCAGGGCAUCGCAAGCUUGAUUCGCUCUGGAAAGAGCGUUGGCUUCAGGCUUUCCAAGCUCAAUGCUGGCUCGCUCAUGGGUCAAAGCCUGCUGCUUGGGCGCAAGCACUGUGUGCGCUUUGAUGCCCGAUUUGUGAACCUCAUGGUGGCAAUGGUGGUUGUGCAGGGAGUGGCGCUGCGGUUGAAUGGGGAUGGUGACAUCAUGACCAGGAUGAGACCUUUCUUGUUUGGAGCAGCAGUUUCGCAUAUGGUGAGUUGAUGGUGAGGCCCACCCAACUUCCGCGUUCGUGACCAUGGGGCCAUGUAUAGUCAAGACUUUGGACAGGUUCUUUUCUGCCACCAACAGAACAGUGACGGGGGAGACAUUGAGCCGAAGGCUCUGUCACCCUUUCCGCUCCGCACCAUGGUGUCAUUUGGUGCAAAGCGGUCAUGUGGUGUGGGUCAAACCUUCUUUUGUUCCCCC